CAUAUUUAUUUGCGAAAUCUUAAGUUGUGAAGGCACAACAGAAAUGGUUGCACAUGAAGAGAAAGAAGGAGCGCCAUUGACAGAGAGUAUGGUUGAAGGAACGGAGCAUUGGAAUGAAUCAUCUAUCAGAAUCCAUAGCCUUCCUUCCCUCAUUGAUGUUUAGUCUGAGGUCGAGAUCGAAAUCUGUCUUUUAGGUUUGUUCCAUCGGAGUCGUAGGGGGAUUGAUUUUAUUGUAUGCUGUAUAUCCGGUGAAAUUUUAUGCCAACUAUCGUUUCAACAUUUCUGGAUUGUCUGGAGCAAUGAUGAGCGAAGAGCUCACCGAGAUCGAGGGCCAGAUCUCUGAUUAUUUUCGCGCUCUCUCAAAUGGAUUCCAGAAAUUGGAGAAAAUCAAGGACGCCAAUAGGCAGAAUCGGCAACUGGAAGAGCUCACGGACAAGAUGCGCGAAUGUAAGAGGCUUAUUAAAGAGUUUGAUCGAGCGAUAAAGGACUCGGGGUACAAAAAUGACCCGGACAUGAGCAAGAAGCUUAAUGAGAAGAAACAAUCCAUGAUCAAAGAGUUGAAUUCUUAUGUUGCCCUCAAAAAGCAAUAUACAAGUACUCUUGAGAACAAGCGAGCAGAUAUUUUUGAAGGCCCAGGUGAAGGACUUCCAGAAGACAAUGCUAUGCAUGCUUCGGAAAUGACAAAUCAACAAUUAAUUGAUCACGGACAUCAGAUGAUGGAUGAGACUGAUCAAGCAAUUGACAGGGCCAAAAAGGUAUGCAUUAGAAAGUGAAACUGCUUGGUGUUAUUUGUCAUUGGAUCAAAUGAAACUAGCAUCUAAUAUAGU